GUUGGCUCCUGCCUGGGAGGAGCCGGGAUGCCGCUCCCGCGAUGAUGCAGGGGGGAAUUUGCUGACAGUCCCUUGGCAGGUGGGGCUGGCAUCACCCAGCCGGCGACGAGGACCGGUUGGCAGUCUCCUCCCAGAGCCUUGGACCAGCCACCUUUGUGGUCAGGAGUCCAGCGGGGCUGUGGCUGGGCUGCUCGGAAGCACCUGACAACGGAUCGAGAGGAGGGACGGCCAGUGACAGCUCAUCUGCCUGAGCCCCAGACCUCACCUGCUGCCCAGCAGCCAGGUAGCUGAGCGGAGCCUGCAGGCCUGAGCGGGACCUUCCCUGGAGAACUGACUCAGGGGGCCUCCCAGGAUCACUGCCUCACCAGGCCACCUGAACGUGAUGGAAAAGACACGGAACAUGUCAGCGACCGACUGCUUCCAGUCUCGGAGCACCGUCCUGCGGGGGCAGCCCUUUGGGGGCAUCCCCACUGUGCUGUGCCUCAACAUCGUCCUGUGGGUGCUCAUCAUCUUGGUUUACUCCUUCCUGCGGAAAGCUGCGUGGGACUACGGACGCCUGGCUCUGCUGAUACACAAUGACAGCCUGACUUCGCUGAUUUAUGGGGAGCAGAGUGAGAAGACGUCUCCCUCGGAUAUUUCCCUGGAGAUGGAACACAAGGACAAGGGCUUCUAUUCCUGGUUCUUCAACACCAUCACCAUGAAGAACGAAGAUCUGAUCAGCAAAUGUGGAGACGAUGCCCGCAUCUACAUCACGUUCCAGUACCAUCUCAUCGUCUUUGUGCUCAUCCUCUGCAUCCCCUCCUUGGGCAUUGUUCUGCCCAUCAACUACACGGGGAACGUGCUAGACUGGACUAGUCACUUCGGUCGGACCACCAUCGUCAAUGUCUCCACAGAGAGUAAAGUCCUGUGGCUGCACAGCUUCUUGUCCUUCCUCUACUUCAUCACCAACCUCUUGUUCAUGACUCAUCACUGCUCAGGGUUUGUGCCCAAGAAGAGCUCCAAGGUCUCAAGGACACUGAUGAUUACCUAUGUCCCCAGAGACAUCCAAGACCCAGAAAUCAUCAUUAAGCACUUUCACGAGGCCUACCCAGGCUGUGUAGUGACCAGAGUCCACUUCUGCUACGAUGUCAGGAACCUGAUUGACUUGGAUGAUCAGAGGCGCCAUGCGAUGCGGGGCCGGCUCUACUACACAGCCAAGGCCAAGAAGAAUGGGAAGGUGAUGAUCAAGACCCACCCCUGUUCCCGCCUUUGCUUUUGCAAGUGCUGGAUCUGCUUCAAAGAGGUGGACGCAGAGCAGUAUUAUAGUGAGCUGGAGGAACAGCUGACUGAUGAGUUCAACGCUGAGUUCAACCGCGUUCGGCUGAAGCGUCUGGAUCUGAUCUUUGUCACCUUCCAGGACACCAGGAUGACGAACCACAUCCUGGAGGACUACAAGUACAUCCAGUGUGGUGUGUACCCCCAACAGUCCUCGGUGACCACCAUCGUCAAAUCCUACAACUGGAGGGUGGCCCUUGCCCCACACCCCAAAGACAUUAUUUGGAAACACCUGUCUACCCGCCGCUUCCAGUGGUGGGCCCGCUUCAUCGCAAUCAACACCUUCCUCUUCUUCCUCUUCUUCUUCCUCACCACGCCUGCCAUCAUCAUCAACACCAUCGACAUGUACAACGUCACUCGCCCCAUCGAGAAGCUGCAGAGCCCGAUCGUGACCCAGUUCUUCCCCUCCCUGCUGCUCUGGGCCUUUACAGUGACGCUGCCUCUCAUUGUCUACCUCUCUGCCUUCCUCGAGGCCCACUGGACCAGGUCAAGUCAGAAUCUGAUCAUAGUGUAUAAGUGCUACAUCUUUCUGGUGUUCAUGGUGAUCAUUCUGCCCUCUAUGGGACUGACUAGUUUGGACGUCUUUUUCCGCUGGCUCUUUGACAUCUACUACCUGGAAGAGGCAUCCAUCAGGUUCCAGUGUGUGUUCCUGCCAGACAAUGGCGCCUUCUUCGUCAACUACGUGAUCACGGCAGCUUUGCUUGGCACAGGCAUGGAGCUGUUGCGCCUGGGGUCCCUCUUCCUCUACAGCACCCGCCUCUUCUUCUCCAGGUCGGAGCCAGAGAGAGUCCACAUCAGAAAGGACCAGGCCAUAGAAUUCCAGUAUGGGCGAGAGUACGCAUGGAUGAUGAACGUCUUCAGCGUCGUGAUAGCAUACAGUAUCACCUGCCCUAUCAUUGUCCCUUUCGGGCUGCUGUACCUGUGCAUGAAGCACAUCACAGACCGCUAUAACAUGUACUACUCCUACGCGCCCACCAAGCUCAACGAGCAGAUCCACAUGGCUGCCGUCAACCAGGCCAUGUUUGCGCCGCUGCUGGGUCUUUUCUGGAUGCUCUUCUUCUCCAUCCUCCGAUUAGGUUCAUUCCACAGCAUCACCAUCUUUUCCCUGACCACCCUUAUCAUCUCCGUGCUGAUUGCCUUCCUGGGCAUUCUUAUGGGGAAGCUCCGGAGCUCGCGUAACUAUGAGCCAGAGGAGGAGAUGGAGACUGUGUUUGACAUGGAGCCAAGCAGCACCUCCUCCACGCCCACCUCCCUUAUGUAUGUGGCCACCGUGCUGCAAGAGCCAGAGAUGAACCUGACUCCAGCCUCUUCCCCCGCCCGGCACACCUACGGCACCAUGAACAGAGAGCCCGAAGGGGGAGAAGAAGAGAGUGGUGCCAGGGGCUUUGCAAGGGAGCUGGACUCGGCCCAGUUCCAGGAAGGCCUGGAACUGCAGGGCCAGAGCCAGUACCACUGACCAGGACCCGAGGCCUCCCCCUGGCGUCUCCACUGGGAAUGGCAGCCAUGGGAGGGCCAGGCAGGGGCGGGCGAGAGGGGCGGCCUGGCCUCCGCUACUCCCUGCAGACUUUAGAAAGGCCAGACAAAGACGGCUGCUGACCUGGCCACCGGCCACAUGGAAGCCCCGGCCUGCCGGCCAGCCAGGACAGAAGGUGCUGGGCAGUGCACAGGGACCCCCGGAUGGAACAGGGGAUUCCGGCAAGCACCACGUGUUGGGAGAGGUUGCUGCUCCCGGGGCACAGAGACUGGAGGCUGGGGGGCCUUCCUGGGGUCAAGACAGAGAAGUGUGUGCGUAAUGGGAGAGGCAGAAAGAAGCCCACUGAAGACUCUCCGGGGCCUCUGCACCCUUCCACCAGCUGCCAUGAGAAGGAGCUGCUGCUGCUGCUGCUCCUACCCCUGCCGCGCCCCUGCUCCUGGCCCAUCCCUCCCCUGCAGUCUGUGGGAGCGAAGGCCUGUGUGCUGGGCCGUGUCAACACAACACAGGUGACCGCCUCAUCCAGGCUACCCAGGGCAGGGAGCUGUAGAGGGAAAGUUUCUGCACCUGCCGGAGCAAGGGGCAACGGAGAGCCUAGACCUGAGAGGUAACUGAGGCCCUUCCCGUUCCUCUGCCCCUUGACAGGCAUCCCCAAGAGCAGUAGGGUAGAGACUCUUCUCCUUUCCAUUCCUGUAAGGGGAGCUGGGACACGAUCCCUUGGGGCUCAUUAAAUGGGACCUGUGUGCAUUUUCAUGAAGGCAAACCUCGGCUGUUACUAUCAGGUGGGAGGGGCAGAGACAGAAUUCACGGACCGGGGGUCUUCUCCCAAAACGCUGGGUGAUGGGAAAUGAGACACACCUCCCCAAGCCCCAGGGCCUAAAGAGAGGAGCCCCAAGACCAAGAAUGUGGCCACUGCAAGCUGCCUCUGCCUCAUACCCACUGAGCGCCUGGGUCCCCCACGUGGCCAAGGCGGGCGGCAGUGUCGGGUAAGGAAUCCAUGCUUCCAACUGAAGGCCCCCGGCACUGCCUGCCCUCCAGGUAGGAGCCUUCCUCUACUCUUGGACUGAAGACCACUCAAGGGGUCUCCAGGGUGGCCCUGGGGAUGCCCUGUGAGGGGCAGGUUUGGGCUGGGGCCGUGUCUACCACAGGGAAGUCCUUCCUGGUGGAGUACGCCCUCCCAGAGCUGCCACGUCCUGAGGCCUGGAACCGCAUCCUGAGCAGGAGCAAUGCUGUGGACACCCGGCACCUUUGCGCCAGGCACGGGGGGUGCAGGCCUCUGCCUCGGGGGAGACAGGUCCCUUCCAGACCACCAGGAAGUCCAGCAGAGAAGGACACACAGAAGGGCCGCUGGGGCCUCAGUGGACCAGAACAAGCCAAGUCGAAUGGGGUCUGCCUGCUCUCGAGCUCUCCCGCGCUCCUUCCUCCAAAGGUCAGGGUCCCUGAAGCCAACCUGCUGAAGGUGGGCCCCAGGCGCCCCUCACCUGGGCAUUUUCACUGGGUCCAGGCACACGGGUGCCCCUGAACUCAGAUCACCUGGGCUUUGUCCUCGCUUCAUCCUUGCCCACGUCCCAGCGCCAGCAGUUUCAAGCUUCACCCCAGAGAUUCUCCUUGGGCUUGAAAGAUCUUCCCGGAGAGCUUGAGCCACUAGGGAGGAGCAGUCUCUCCCCCUCCUUGUCCAUCUGGGAAAAGGAGGAAAUUAUCCCCAGCCAGUCCCUCAUAAACCGAGGGCCCACAGGCCACCUCCCCCAGCAUUUCACCAGCCAACGUGGGGAAGGGUCCUCUCCCGCGCAGGGUGGUCAGGGCCCCCACAGGCAGUUCCAGGCACUGCGAGCCCCUGGAGCAGGUACUUGGUGUGUGAGGCGGGGGCGGAGGAGUCCUGGCAGAAGCUGGUCCGCUGGCUCACCUUCACCGCGCGCUCCUUGCUGGCACUGCCUCCGGUCUCUGCAGCCCCUGCUGGGCUGUUCCUGCUGCUUCUGCCGCUGUCCCGCCUCUCUCCUCCCCCUGCCCACCGGGCAGCCAGGGGAAGCUGCCUAUGGCAAGGGUCCCAGCAGAUGACAUGGCAGCAUGUCUGGGGCUUUCCCCUCUGAAUCUGGGUCCAAUGCAGACUGGCUCUGAGAGAAGACAGAUGUCAGGAAAGUUCCAGGGUCCACUCAUUUCUCUACCCUUCCUGGAGACCCAGGGCAAUUGGCAGGCCCUGCCACACUACUAGGCCACCGCCGAUCGCUGUGUGGGGUGUGGGCGUGCUUUGGCUCCUUGCAGCCCGCCACCAGGCACCUGCCCUCCGGCUCGCCCUCAGCCCACGCCUGCCUCACACAUUGGCCUCCACCUAGCCUGCCUGCCCGCUGCCCCGCCCCUACCUGUCCACCGAAGCAACCCCUCUCAGGCUUGGUCCGUUCUGGAGGGAGCUGCCUCUGGGGUACGGGGGUCCGGUAUUGCCCAGAGCCUUUGAGAAUUGCCCCGCUGGGCCUAGAGCAGCUCCACGCCUGCCUGCCUCUUCCUCAGACGCUUCUGGAAGCCAAGUGCCUAUCAGCAGCAUUGUGUCCUCUGGGGACCAGGGUGAGGGGUAUGGACUUCCCUUGGCCGCCACCACUAAAGGAAUGUGCCAGAAUGCCGAACCUCCUUGUUAUUAAUGCUAUGACCGUGCCUUGAAUAAACAGUCUCCCGACCUGUCCUGGCCUGUGCCUCUGCAUCUGGAGCCGCCCAGCUGGGCUUCCCCUCCGCCCGGAAGGAGCCGGAGCUGUUAAGGGACGGUCCUCCCUGAGGUCACUGGGCUGGAGCACCACAGCUUCAUGGUCUUGGUCCCUGGGGCCAGAGCUGCCCCUUCUGGGAUCCCCUCACUCCUGAGGCGUUUGGUGGCCCCUGUCCUCACAGGGAAAUGCCCGGAAAUGCUGCCUGAUCUGCUGGAGAGAUGGGAAGUGAAUUGGCCUCAU